GGAAUCACACGGGCAGGUUGCAGUGUUCACGGAUUACAUCGCGAGAAAAGCCGAGAACGUAGCAACAAGACAACAAAAAUAAAUUCUGGACAACAAUUCAGAGUUCAUGAUGGCGGCGUCGAUGUUACGCCGGGACAAGAAAACAACAGCAGCGCUUUUAAAGACAGAGCUGAAUAGGACUGACAACAGCUCUGGUGUCCGACUACUUCACGAACUGCUUGAUAAUGUUUUAAAUCCCGAAAAACCAGCCGCGGACACUGAAGCCCUUGAAUGGUGUAAAUGUCUACUGGCAGGAGGGGAAGGAUUCGAGGAGUUCUGCAAGACGGUUCGGUCCUAUGACAACGCUACUCUAUGCGGCUUGGUCUGGACAGCAAAUUUUGUAGCAUACAGAUGUCGGACUUGUGGGAUCUCCCCUUGUAUGUCAUUAUGCGCAGAAUGUUUUAACAACGGCGAUCACACAGGCCAUGAUUUCAAUAUGUUCAGGAGCCAGGCUGGUGGGGCCUGCGACUGUGGAGACAGUAAUGUCAUGCGGGAAAGUGGGUUUUGUAGACGACAUCGGUUAAAAACGGGGGAGAAUGUCCCCACAGUCCCCAAGGACCUGCUGCUGAUGUCGGAGAUGGUCCUUCCCCGCUUCAUUGUCAGCAUCAUUCAGUACUUAAGAGAUGGAUACGUUGAAGCAGACUCGUCGGCGGAGCGGGACCUUGCGAAGGUACUUCAGACGCUGGACCCUCAAAUCUCCUUCCUGGAAGAACUCACCAAGAUGGGCGGGGCUAUGAGGACCGUGCUGACCAAGAUCCUGACCAAUCAGCAGAGUUUUAAGGAGCUCAGCAUGGGUCAGGAGGAUAAUGCCUAUGCGAAGAAGAACUACGAAAAGUACCUGUGUGCGCUGAAGAGCUCAGGGCUGGUCCCUGCGGAGGAGAAGGGGGCAGGGGCAGCGGCAGUGGCUGGAGCAGGAGGGGCUGAGGCAGGGGCGACCGGUGGGGCUGCCUCCCUUAGCCUACUGGGAGCCACUGCUGCUGUCAGCUCUGAGGUCUCCAGUAAAGAGGAGGACCAGGAUGGAGGCCAGGGCGUAGGGCAGCGGAAGAGAGUCAAGCUGAGCAGCACCACCAAAGACCCAUCGAUAAUGGACACUCUGAAGCAUAAGUGUUUCUUAGAGGAGUUGCUGUUCUGGACGAUUAAGUACGAGUUUCCACAGAAGAUGGUGACGUUUCUGCUCAACAUGCUGCCGGACCAGGACUACAAGAUCACGUUCACCAAGACGUUUGUGCAGCACUACGCCUUCAUCAUGAAGACGCUGAUGAAGAGCCAGGAGUCGGACACCAUGUCCAACCGCAUCGUGCACAUCAGCGUGCAGCUCUUCAGCAACGAGGAGCUGGCCCGACACGUCACCGAGGAGUGCCAGCUGCUGGACAUCAUGGUCACCGUGCUGCUGUACAUGAUGGAGACCUGCCUGGUGCGCAGCGAACUGCAGGAUGAGGAGAAUAGCCACCACGUGGUGGUGAACUGUGGUGAGGCGCUGCUGAAGAACAACACCUACUGGCCCCUGGUGAGCGACUUCAUCAACAUCCUGUCCCACCAGAGUGUGGCCAAGCGCUUCCUGGAGGACCACUCGCUGCUCAUGUACUGGAUGAGCUUCGUGUCCUUCUUCCAAGGUAUGAACCUGAAUAAACGGGAGCUGAAUGAGCAUGUGGAAUUCGAAUCCCAGACGUAUUACGCUGCCUUCGCUGCAGAGCUGGAAGCCUGUGCCCAGCCCAUGUGGGGACUCCUGACACACUGCAAAGUCAAGGAGACGCAGGAGUACACCAAGACCGUGGUGCGCUACUGCCUAGAAGCCCUUCAGCUCUGGUUCGAUAACAUUGGCUUUGUGGACGAGCCCGCUCCCAAUCAGGUGACGUUUCACUUGCCUCUUCACAGAUACUACGCCAUGUUUCUCAGCAAGGCGGUGAAGUGCCAAGGUCUGGACCUGGACAGCCUUCUGCCCGACCAGGAGAUGCUCAUGAAGAUCAUGGUGCAUCCUCUUCAGAUCCAGGUGAGCCUGUCUGAGAUCCACAGUAACAUGUGGGUGAGGAACGGCCUGCAGAUUAAAGGCCAGGCCAUGACCUACGUCCAGUCGCACUUCUGCAACUCCAUGAUCGACCCAGACAUCUACCUGCUGCAGGUCUGUGCAUCUCGGCUGGAUCCCGACUACUUUAUAUCUUCAGUUUUUGAAAGGUUCAAGGUUGUGGACCUGUUGACGAUGGCCUCUCAGCACCAGAACACGGUGCUGGACUCGGAACAGGAGCGGCCCAUGCUGGAGGGAGCCCUCACCUUCCUCGUCAUCCUCAGCAGCCUGCGCAUACACCUAGGCAUGGCUGAUGAUGAGAUCUUGAGAGCGGAGAUGGUUUCUCAACUCUGCAUGAAUGACCGCACACACAGCUCCCUCCUCGACCUCAUCCCGGAGAACCCCAACCCCAAGAGCGGCAUCGUGCCCGGCAGCUGCAGCUUUGAGGACAUGCUGUCAGCUGUGGCCGACUUCAAGGCCCCCGUCUUCGAACCCGGAGGCUCCAUGCAGCAGGGCAUGUACACACCCCAAGCCAAGGUGUGGGAGAAGGAGUUUGAUCCCAUCAUGGUGAUCCUCAGGACGGUCUACAGGAGAGACGUGCAGUCAGCCAUGGACAGAUACGCUGCCUUUCUGAAAAAUUCAGGCACAUUUUCGGGCAACCCCUGGCCACCAUAUAAGGACAGGACCCCUCUGCACCCCUGCUACCGUGGCCUGGUGCGCCUGCUGCACUGCAAGACCCUCCACAUCGUCAUCUUCACGCUCCUCUACAAGAUCUGGAUGGACCACCCCAACAUGUCGGAGCAUGUGCUGUGCAUGGUGCUGUACCUGAUCGAGCUGGGGCUGGACAACACCGUGCAGGACGAGGAGGAGGAGCCCUGUAUAGAGGAGCAUUGUCAUGACAGCUGGUUUCCUGGUACCAGCCUGCUGUCUAACCUGCAUCACGUCAUCAACUUUGUGCGUGUGCGCGUGCCCGAGAGGGAGCAAGAGAGCCCCCCGGAGGUCAGGAGGGAAACCCCGCCCAGCACCAGCGCAGAGAGCAGCCCCCCCAGCCAGAACCGUCGGAGACUCUCAGGGAAUUGGAGAGAGAACGUGCGUGAGGCUCAGCUGUUCAGCCUGGUGGCGGAGCGGCGCCGCAAGUUCCAGGAGAUCAUCAACCGCAGCAGCCGAGAGGCCAACAUCGCCGCCGCCACGCGCCCCAAGAGCUCCUCCGCAAGAUGGCUGCCCCCCGGCACCUCGCAGAACCUCGCCGCACAGGCCGCGCACGGCAACAACGCCGGUCCUCAGCUGGUGACUGAGAUCCUGGAGGUGCGUGAGAGCAUGCUCUCCCUGCUCCUCAAGCUCCACCAGAAGCUGUCUGCGCGCCCCGCCCCCUCGCUCUCGGCCGCGGCCGUGGAGGCGGUGGACGCGGCAGCGGUCGCCCACGGCGACGGGCUGACGGCCAUCCAGCGUAUCCUGGGCAAGGCGGCGGCCCGCAGCCGCUUCAGCAAGAGAUGCAUCCAGGACAUCUGCGGACGCCAGUGCCCACCCGUACCACCCAAGAAGAACAGCCCCGGAGACAAGAAGAGCAUGGACAAGGAGGAGAGGCGUCAGAGGGCUCGUGAGCGGCAACAGAAGCUGCUGGCUGAGUUCGCCUCCAGGCAGAAGAGCUUCAUGGAGACAGCCAUGGACGUGGAGGCGCCCGAUGCGGAGGCGGGUAUGGACUUGGAGUCGUCCGAGGAGGCGAGUGCGGAGGUGCUGUACGACUGCGUCAUCUGCGGACAGAGCGGCCCGUCCACUGAAGAGCGGCCCACAGGCCUGGUAGUGCUGCUGCAGGCCUCCUCAGUGCUGGGCCACCGGUGCAGAAGUGACGAGCCCAAGAGGCUGCCCACCACAGACGAGGAGAAGAUUUACCCAGAAGACACCUGUGGGGCCGCCAGUGACGUGCGCCUCACGCACAUGCAGCGCCACUUUAAAGAGAGCUCCUGUCUGCAGUCGGUGUCCAUUGGCUGGGAUGGCGGUGUGUAUGUGCAGACCUGUGGCCACACGCUGCAUAUAGACUGCCACAAGUCCUACAUGGAGUCCCUCAGGAAUGACCAGGUGCUGCAGGGUUUCUCGGUGGACAAGGGGGAGUUCACCUGCCCUCUGUGCCGCCAGUUUGCCAACAGCGUGUUGCCGUGUAAGCCCGGCCGGAGCUCGGAGAUGACUGCGUGGCACAUGUUGCCUAGCAACAAGCCCAUGCACGUGCUGGUGAAGGAGGUGGAGGACCUGCAGGAGCAGCUGGGCAUUUUCCCCACGGAGUCCAACCUGAGUAAGGAGAUGGAGUCUGUGAUAAAGGACAUCAAGAACACCACCCAGAAGAAGUACCAGGACUACGGCAAGAACCCCGGAUCACCAGACAACGACUUCCUCUUCAUGUACUCAGUAGCCAGGUCUAAUCUGGAGUUGGAGUUGGUGCAUCGGGGAGGAAACCUCUGCUGUGGAGGAGCCAGCGCAGCAGCCAAACGCUCCUGUCUCAAUCAGCUGUUCCAUGUGUUGGCGAUGCACAUGCGCCUCUACAGCAUUGACUCCGCCUACAACCCCUGGACACGCCUCACACAGCUGGCACACACCAAGGACGAGUACUGUGAUGAGGAGAGGCCUGAGGUGCCGAUGCUGUUCCGUGACGUCCCCUCCCUGCUCAUCAUCUUCGUCCUGACCAUGCCCCAGCCCCUACGCAAAGAGCACUUCAUGUGUAUGGUGAAGGUGCUGUACACGCUGCAGUACACGCAGGCCCUGGCAGCCCUGUCAAUCAAGUUCAGCCCAGAGGAGAGACAAGCCUGGAGCACCUCCGGAGCACUGAAGAAGAGUAUGCCCAAUGCCACCAAGUCAUGGGAGGCCCUGCUCAGCCACCUCAUCAGUGAGCUCUCCAACGCCAAGUGCAUCUACGACCAGCCCACCGAGGAGGCCUCCAUGCUGUGUUCGAGUGUGUGGUCUCCUCAGUCUAUAGAGUUCUUCCUGCAGCAGUACUGCCUGCCUUUCCUCCGCCUCUCCUCUCUGCUGCAGCACCACCUGUACGGAGACAACCUCACCGGCUGCCAGGUUGAGGAGGAGUUCUCCAUGUUGGCGGUGAGUCUGGGUCUGAUGGCCCCGGCUGCGGCUGCCGCCCCUGCCCCUGCCCCUGCCCCUGUGUCGGGGGCGGGAAACCCCGUCAGCAGUGCGGCGUGCCUGGAGUGGGCCGUCAGCCCCUUCAGCCUGCUGCCACAGUGGUGCUCAGAGGUCACAUGCCUACCCAACACACAGGCCGAGCAGACCGUGACGUUGCUGCUGCAGGACCCAGUGUGGGCGAGUCCUCGUCUGCUGGCUCUGCCGGAGAGCUACAACACCAUCUUCCAGCACUACCACCGCAAGGCCUGCACCACCUGCUCCAAGACCCCCAAGGACCCCGCACUCUGCCUCGUAUGCGGAGCCUUCGUCUGCCUCAAGGGCCUCUGCUGCAAACAACAGGGCAUCUGCGAGUGUGUGCUGCACUCCCAGCACUGCGGUGCGGCCACUGGCAUCUUCCUCCUGAUCAACGCCUCCGUCAUCAUCAUCAUCAGGGGCCAUCGCUUUUGCCUGUGGGGCUCAGUCUACCUGGACGCACACGGGGAAGAGGACCGAGACCUACGGCGGGGUAAGCCACUGUUCCUGUGUGCCGAGCGCUACCAUGUUCUGGAGCAGCAAUGGGUAGCCCACACCUUCGACCACAUCAACAAGCGUUGGGGGCCCCACUACAACGGACUCUAACAACCCCACCACCCCCACCCCCACCCACACCCCACACCCCGCCCAAACACACACACACUCCCCACCAUCUCCCCAUCACAGCACAAGCGCUGGGGGCCCAGAACAGUGGACGUACUCCCCCUAACCCUACCUACAUCCACCCAACCAGAACCCCUCUUAGCCCUGUGGAGCUUACUCCGAGGCACUCCAAGGCACCCCUCACACACACACACACACACACACACACACACACACACACACACACACACACACACACACACACACACACACACACACACACACACACACACACACACACACACACACACACACACCACCCCUCCAUGUUUAGAACUGCCCAUCUCCACCCCUCCCCACCACACCCAAACCAAAACACAGCGUUGCCCAAGGCCAGUUGCAGGCCUGGUGUAAAAAUCCUGCGGUGAAGCGGUAUCAUGUACGAUAAAGACUAAACAAACAACACCCACAAACAAAUACAGGGGAAAGCAGUUGAAUGCAGAGCAGUACUAGACAGGUGGAUGGCCCCUCCUCUCAGCCUGCCUGGGGUCUAUGUGAAGUUUAAGUGUACAAUCAUGCCUAUCCACUAACAGUGUGUGUGUUUAUAAGAAACAAAAACAAAACAAAAAAGGGUUAAAAAAAAUAUACAUAUAUAUAAAUAUACAAUAUAUUAUACAUGUGACUGAGAUGGAUUUUAAAGGAUAAAGAAAAGAGCUGAUGUUGGCCGACUAGGGUGGAAGCACAACUUGUUUUUUUUUUCUUAACGAUGGGUUUUAGAAGUCUGCUUUGGUCUCUCCAUUCGAGCUCUGAGUCAGCACGCCAGGAAAGCUUUGGUUGCCGUGGAGACUGCACAUUACCUUAUCACUCGUCAGCCAUUUUUGUUUUUGUUUGUUUUUGUUUGUUUUUCUGUUUUGCUUUUUUUUUCUGCCCCAGUGUUGCUGUUUUGUACUUACACAGCACAUCACACAUCUGCCACCCCCACCUCCACACUGGUGUGUUUUCCGACAUCAUAGUUGCUAGACCUUUCGCAAUGGGAGCAGUCUAAUGGCGUUAUGCUAAAAAGAACUGGGUACAAAUGACCUACAACGUAGCCAAACACAAACUAACACCAGGGGCCCAUACUACAAAGCUGGUCAAAACCAAGUUCAGUUAAGGGGUAAACCAUCUAAUAGAAGACACUUGAGUCCUCGGUUUCUUCAGAAAAUUGUCCCUGAACCACCUUAGUAGUAUAGGCCUCUGAGUACUGUUGACUGCCCACAAUAAUGAAUGCAAUCACGUCUUUAAUUCAUGAACACUUCACUUCUUUGUGUCAGUUUCCCUGCACCUGUGUGAUGUGUAAGGGAGCCCAUUCAUAACUAUGACUUGUUGUAGAUUUAUGGCUGCUGGAGGUGACUGCUUCGCAGCAAGCAAACAUAGACAUACAGAUUUGAGAGCAAUUUGAUGGUUUCUGUACUUUAAAAGACUUACUUGCUUGUCCAGGGUCUCUUUUGAAUAUUUUUUUGACAGCAAAUGUAAUGAAAUUCAGCCACAUUAUAUAGCCAGGGAAAUACAGUAGAUGAAAUUAUUUUGAGUUGGGGGUAAAGAUUUUGGACAGGACAGAGGUGUCUAUCACAAUAACUCACUGUUUGGAGACAGUGAAAGGCUCUGGUUGCAAAAAAAAAAAAAAAAAUCAUCCUCAGGAACUUUUUUUGGGUUUGUUUUUCCUCUGAGUUUUUUUUGUUGCUGUAGUUACUUUAAAAAAAUCUAAAAAGGAAAAAAAAAAGUUUUUAAAUAUAUUUAAGUAAAUGCUGCUAUUUGUUAUUUGGACAUUAAAUAUAUAUAGUUCACAAUUUACCUUUGUAAAAAAACAGACAAACAAAAAAGAUUUAUGUAUGAUUUUUUUUCCUUUUCCUUUUUGUGACUUUUUUUCAUAUUUACAAAAAAUGAAGGUCAUACUUAAUGCUAUUUGCUUGGUUUGGUUCAGUUCAGCUCGAUUUGGUUUGGUGUGAUUUGAAUGGGCCAAUUGUGAUGACGAUGGUGAUGGUCCUGAUGAUGAUGAUGAUGAUGAUGAUGAUGAUGAUGGUUUAUGAAGUAAAAGCCAAUAUGCAGCCCAUUGGUCUCUGGCUGAAACUCGUACCAGUUCAGGGCCUGUUCUGGCCCGCAGUCAGCGCUGCCGGGCAAAAGCCUUUUCUUUUGAUAGCGGCACGACUCCUUAUUUUAUUGCCCAAUGCCGUUUAAGGGUUGACUCUGAAGUGUACUCUUGCUCACUAAGUAGUGCACAUGUCUAUGCUGCAUCUCCUAAUUCAAAGGGUCGACUCCGAAAUGUAGUGAACUACGGUA